UCGACAGUGUGGGGAGUUGGAGCAACCUUGCUGGAUGCGACCCCCAGAACAGAAUGGUGCUGGACUCGGGGGCUCAGGUGUAUGAGCAGCCACCCCCCAGCCCGCCAGCCAGUCCCUCAACCUUGGGCCCUACACUGAAGCGCUCAGACCGAGAUGGGACGCCGCUGUGCCCCUGGCCUCGGUCCCUGGCCUUGCCCCUGGCUCUGUCAGCCUCAGCCCUACGGCCCCGGCCGGAGCUGCAGUCCUUCUCAGAGUUGCGCUUGGGCCACCGCGGCCACAUGCGCCGCAGUGAGAGCACCUGCACCGUAAAUAGCACUGGCCGGCGCAGGGGUGGCACCCAGUGUAGGGCGCCACCUGGACGAGGACGGGAUCCAGGUGGGGGCACCCUGAGGCCUGCAGCCUCCCUGCCUCACAUUGCUAAGACUCGAAAGGAUGUAGGCCGUGGUGCCGGCAGGAGCCCCUGCAUGUUGGUGGCCCUGCGGCCAACCAACAUGGACCGUGAGCGGGACAAGUUCUUCCAGUCCCAUUACACCUACAACCCACAGUUCGAGUACCAGGAGCCCCUGCCUACGGCUGUGCUGGAGAAGUACUGCGAGGCCUCCGGACAGUUCAUCCAUCAGGCAGUCGGCAUCAUUGAAGCUGUCCUGGAGAAGUUUGGCACCUACGAACACUUUGAGGCUGCGACUGGGGGCCAGCUGCUGACCAAGUGCCAGAUCUGGUCCAUUGUGCGCAAAUACAUGCAGAAGGAGGGCUGCGUCGGGGAGGUCGUGGUGCAGCUGAGUGAAGACCUGCUGUCCCAGGCCGUGAUGAUGGUGGAGAACAGCCGACCAACACUGGCCAUCAACCUGACUGGAGCCCGUCAGUACUGGCUGGAGGGCAUGCUGCGGCACGAGAUAGGCACCCACUACCUGCGAGGCGUGAACAAUGCGCGGCAGCCCUGGCACAGCGCCGAGGGCCGGCUGCAGUACGGCCUGCGGCCAGCGAAUCCCACCGAGGAGGGCCUGGCCAGCCUGCACAGCGUGCUGUUCCGCAAGCAGCCCUUCCUGUGGCGCGCAGCGCUGCUCUACUACACCAUCUACCGAGCCGCACACAUGUCUUUCCGCCAGCUCUUCCAGGACCUGGCGCGCUAUGUGCAGGAUGCGGAUGUGCGCUGGGAGUACUGCGUGCGCGCCAAGCGUGGCCAGACUGACACCUCGCUGCCGGGCUGCUUCAGCAAGGACCAGGUGUAUCUGGAUGGCAUCGUGCGCAUUCUGCGGCACCGCCAGACCAUCGAUUUCCCUCUGCUGACCUCGCUGGGCAAGGUGUCCUAUGAGGAUGUAGACCACCUGCGUCCCCAUGGAGUGCUGGACAACACUCGGGUGCCCCACUUCAUGCAGGACCUGGCACGGUACCGGCAGCAGCUAGAGCACAUCAUGGCCACCAACAGGCUGGAUGAAGCAGAGUUGGGCCGCCUCCUGCCUGACUGAUGUUGGCUGAGGGU